CUACUCUCUUCCUCGCGACGCCAUUCACUUGCCUUGGUAUAUCAAGAGAGGCCAUGCUAGGUUCGAAAAUCGUGCCUCGUAUCCAAUCAACCCUGUAGCCAUUCAUACGACAGAUGUUGCCGUGCAAUACUCCACAUCAUCUACUAACCUUGCACGUCACGUCUUCCGCAAUUCUGCGCCUCAAAUUCCGCACGGCCAUUCAGCGAGAUGGCCGACGAGUCCCAAAAGAUACCAGUGGCCGCUUCGGAGGCCCGCCGUCUGGUUGAAGACAUCCUCAAAGGCAAUGGCGUUCCCGAAGAAAACUCAAAGAUUGUCGCCCGGUGCCUCGUCGCUGCCGACCUUCGCGGUGUCGACACCCACGGCAUGAACCGCAUUCCUUCCUACAUGGAGCGCGUCCGCCAGGGUGUGCUCAAUGCCACAGCUCAGCCCGAGCUGAAGCAAGUCACGCCCGUUGUGGCGCACGUCGACGGCAAAAACGGCUUCGGCUUCGUCGCGGCAGAGAUGGGUAUGGCAGCUGCCAUCGAGUCUGCCAAGACUUUCGGCAUCGGCAUGGCAAGUGUGUCGCAUUCCAAUCACUUUGGCAUGAGUGCGUGGGUGGUGCAGCAGGCUCUCGAUGCGGACAUGAUGAGCCUGGUCUUCACCAACUCAAGUCCUGCGCUCCCGGCGUGGGGUGGACAGAGCAAGCUCAUGGGUGUUUCCCCGAUUGCUUGUGGUGCGCCGGGGAAGGACAAGCCUUUCAUCCUGGACAUGGCCCCGUCAGUUGCGGCCAGGGGCAAGAUCUACAAGGCCAAGAGACGCGGCGAAAAGAUUCCUCUAGACUGGGCGCUAGAUGCUGAGGGACGUCCUACGGAUGAUCCCACUGCAGCAUUAGGAGGUGUCAUGCUGCCGAUGGGUGGUCCCAAGGGUUCGGCAUUGGCCAUCAUGAUGGAUGUGUUUUCUGGUGUCUUCUCAGGGUCUGCUUUCGCAGGUCACGUCACUAACCCGUACGACCCUUCAAAACCAGCGGAUGUCGGUCACUUCCUAGUCGCCAUCAAGCCAGACCUCUUCAUGAGUCUCGACGACUUCCGCGACAGGAUGGACUACCUGUAUCAACGUGUUAUUGGAUCAGACAAGGCGGCAGGAGUAGAUAGGAUAUACUUUCCGGGUGAGAUUGAGCAGUUGCAACAGCUGGAUCGGGAAAAGACGGGCAUACCCUUGGUACAGGCCGAGAUUGAUGCUCUCAACGAGGAGGCAACAAGAGUUGGCGCCAAGCCUUUGGUAACCCAGGUAGCUGCAUGAAUAUAUGGCUUUACGCGACUCUUGGGAAAGCAUGCCAUAUGUUCCAUCGAAUCGUUGGCCUCCAUAUAACGGGGUCUUGCAAGGUUUUUUGUUAGUUUUUCUUUUUGUCAUGGCUUCCAAUCGGAAUGGAACUGGUUGGUGAUUCAUGGAAGUUUCUCUUUGACCUUAAGAGAUAUUGAGAUGGC